CCCACACUGAAGCUCAGAGGGCCAGAGAGCUGGGAAGAACUAAGAGCAGGUCUCCAACCAUGAGCUCCAGCCAGCCCGGGGCCUGCCCGUGCCAGGGUGCUGUGGGCCGUCCAGCCAUUCUGCAUGCACUCCUGAGCCCCAGCCUCAGGGCCAGGCCCCCUGCACCCCCGUCCCGCUGCCUAUGUAGGCAGCACCGGCCCGUCCGCCUGUGUGCACCUCACCGCACCUGCCGGGAGGCCUUGGAUGUCCUGGCCAAGAUGGUGGCCUUCCUCAGGAACCUGCCGUCCUUCUGCCAGCUUCUCCCUCAAGACCAGCGGCGCCUGCUGCAGGGAUGCUGGGGUCCCCUCUUCCUGCUUGGCUUGGCCCAAGACACUGUGACCUUUGAGGUGGCCGAGGCCCCGGUGCCCAGCAUACUCAAGAAGAUCCUGCUGGAGGAGCCCAGCAGCGGUGCUGGCGGCGGCCAGCUGCCCGACAGGCCCCAGCCCUCGCUGGCUGCUGUGCGGUGGCUUCAGUGCUGCCUGGAGUCCUUCUGGAGCCUGAAGCUCGGCCCUAAAGAGUACGCCUACCUGAAAGGGACCAUCCUCUUCAAUCCAGACGUGCCCGGCCUCCACGCCUCCUCCCACAUCGGGCGCCUGCAGCAGCAGGCACACUGGGCACUGUGUGAAGUCCUGGAGCCCUGGUACUCAGCAGGCCAAGGCCGGUUGGCCCGAGUCCUCCUCACCGCCUCCACCCUCAAGAGCAUCCCCCCCAGCCUCCUCGGGGACCUCUUCUUCCGCCCCAUCAUUGGUGACAUUGACAUCGGUGGACUUCUUGAGGAUAUGCUUUUGCUGAGGUGACUUUGGGGAGGAGGCCCCCAGAGCAGUCCCUCAGCCAACCGCCUCCCUAGCUUGGACCUCCUUGGUGUGGACACAGGGCUUCAGCCACCUAGCGGGGCUUUGAUGGUUUCCAGAGCCUCCUUCAGCGGGGAUGCAGGUUUAGGCUUCCCGUAUUGCCAGGGUUCCUGCUAACUUUUUUUGUUUUGUUUUGUUUUUUGUUUUUGUUUUUCUCCGGUACCAGGAACCAAACUCAUGACCUUGCGCUUGCCAGGCAGGCGCUUUUGCCGCUGAGCUAAAUCCCCAGCCCCUCUGCUAACUUUGUACAGAACUGAAUUAAGUUAUUGUUUUUGUAAUAAAAGGUGUGACACCCUUAGAGCCUGA